AUGACGCAACAUUGUCUUGCGGUGGUAGCGUUACCAAGAGGAUCUGAAGUGUGUAUAAAUACAGACAUCCUACUAUCACUGCGCAAUACAUCACAGACAACAGUAACUACCUGUACAGCUGCAUCAAAGUUAAGAAUUGCAUCAACCAUGGAAGGACACAUGAAAGACAAUGUUCGCCUGAAUGGCCCCGCUCUGAACAUCAACGCAACAGAGAGCUUCCUCCACCAAGCCAUGGACAUCAUCAUGGAGGAUGCUGUGAAAAAGGCCACCGAUGUCAGAGAAAAGGUUUGUGAGUGGCGCUCCCCCGAGCAGCUGAAGGAGCUGUUGGACCUUGAGCUGAAAGACGAAGGAGAGUCUGAGACCGAGAUCCUGCAACGCUGCAGAGAUGCCAUCAAGUACAGCGUCAAGACCACCCACCCUCGUUUCUUCAACCAGCUGUAUGCAGGGAUGGAGCCCUACUCCAUGGUGGCAAGUUUCAUUACAGAAGCCCUCAAACCCAGUCUGUAUACCUAUGAGGUGGCUCCAGUCUUCACUCUGAUGGAGCAGGCUGUUCUGAAGAAGAUGAUAGAGGUGAUUGGCUGGGAAGAAGGAGGAGAUGGAAUCUUCAACUCUGGUGGCUCAUUGUCCAACAUGUAUGCCGUGAACCUAGCCAGGUACCAUCACAGUCCCGACAUUAAAGAGCUCGGCCUCUCUGCUACUCAACGACUGGUCCUCUUCACAUCACAGGAGUGUCAUUACUCCAUUUCCAAAGCAGCGGCUUUCCUGGGCAUCGGCACUAAAAAUGUCUACGUGGUUCCAUCUGAUAAAAGAGGGAAGAUGAUCCCCUCUGCUCUGGAGGAGCUAAUAAAGAAGGCUAAAACUGAGGGUGCAGCUCCCUUCAUGGUAAACGCCACAGCAGGGACCACGGUGCUUGGAGCGUUUGACCCCAUCGAGGAAAUCGCAGACAUCUGUGAGAAGUACAACUUGUGGCUGCAUGUGGACGCGUGUUGGGGAGGAGCAGCUCUCAUGUCUAAGAAGCACAGACACUUGUUAAAGGGCAUCCACAGGGCUAACUCUGUGGCCUGGAACCCUCACAAGAUGCUGAUGGCAUGUCUGCAGUGCUGUGCUUUCAUGGUCAGGGACAAAACGGGUCUCCUCCAGCGCUGCUACUCUGCUCAGGCCUCCUACCUCUUCCAGCAGGAUAAGUUCUAUGAUGUCAGCUAUGACACAGGGGACAAAUCCAUUCAGUGCAGCAGGAAGCCGGACGCCUUCAAGUUCUGGCUGAUGUGGAAGGCUUUGGGAGCCAAGGAGAUGGAGAAGAGGGUGGACAGAGCUCUCGCCAUGGCCAAGUAUCUUACACAAGAAAUCGAGAAAAGAGAAGGGUUUCGUCUGUUGAUGGAACCUGAAUAUACGAAUGUUUGCUUCUGGUACAUUCCACCAAGUCUGAGGAAUCUUCCAGACAGCCCUGAGUUCUGGAAAAAGCUCCACGAAGUGGCGCCGGUGGUGAAGGAACGCAUGAUGAAGAAGGGCAGCAUGAUGGUGGGCUACCAGCCGCACGGAGACAAGGCUAACUUCUUCAGGAUGAUCAUCAUCAGCCCUCAGGUCAGCAAGCGGGACAUGGACUUCCUCUUGGAUGAGAUACACAAUCUGGGGAAGGACUUGUGAAGAACUGUCAGUGUCAGUGAAGAACCUCUCUGCCACUCUUAUAAAUGUGAAAGGGAGGACAUUUUUCCCUACCAUCAUCAAACCUUUUCGUCCUUCUUGUGAGAGGUUCCUCAAUUGUUUUUGGGAAACUGCACCCGCUGGAUUCCACUGAUCUUCCACUGCAUUGGCAAGACAUACAACUGAAAUGCCUCAGUUGUGUGUGUAUCAGAAGAUGUUAAGGGGAUUCUAUGAUCUAUUGAUCUAUCUAUUGUUGAAUGAUCUUAUCUGGGGAGUCAGUGUGUUCAUACCUGUCACUGUUUUACAUAUGUGAAGAUCUCCUGGAACUUAAUCCAGGAUCCUUUGAGGUCCCCAGACAAUAUAUAUUGUGUGUUAUAUGAAGUGAAAGACAGGAAGGUAAUUUUAUUUAAAG